AUGCCUCAGAUUAUGGCUCUACCCGCUCUCCCUUCCACGACACGUGUUCCCCGCAUCGAAGCACUUCUGACACGUAUCCCAAUCCCCAUUGUUGCAAAUACUGCAGUAGUAAAACCCGCCCUUGAUCAAGAGAUUGCACACAUCGCAGUAGUACUUGGGAUACACCUUAACCAAAUUAUGCUUGCCCUUGCCUUUGCAAACUUCUCCUUGGGCAAGGCAAUCUCGACAGAUAUCGUAGUCGCCGUCAUCGCAUUUCUUGCAGUGUGCGUAGGGACCGCUGAUUACCUGGUCGCAGAUGUUGCAUUCCAGAUCGACCUCCCAUGCUGGAAAAUGGGCGAAGUCGGAGAAAUCCUCUGCCGUGCGGCCAUGCUUCUUGGCUUUACGUUUGUCUUAAAACAGCGUUUAAACUUCCUGGAAAGGCUGGCAUGCCUGGAAGUGGCGGAAGAUCCAGGGGAAUCUUCCAAGAGCUUCUUCCAGAAGUUUCGACGUAGCACCAUUGCUGUGACUGUUCAGACCAAUAAGGCACCCAUUCAGGAGGCGCAGGGCAUGGAUGGCCAUGACCAGCAGCGCCAGGUGCCACUAACGUUGCAGGCAAUGGGAUAG